AUGUCGACUCCUAAUCUUCGCUGGCUGACCGGUGAUGGUCCCCAGGCCCUGGAAGAUGGAGUGUCAUUUGGAAUGCCAUGGCCCAAGGGUAUGUACCCUCCUGGCCAAAACUUUGUUAUUGAGGCAAAUGGGAACCAAUGGCCGCUUGAUUCGCGUGAACUUGCUUAUUGGCCAGACGAUUCGCUUAAAUGGAGCGCCCACUCCGUCAGCGGCGACAUUGGGUACAGCACAGAGUACACAAUCAAAGGUGCGCCAUGGUCAGCUGAGGGGAGAAACGAAAUUCAAAUAGUUCAGAAUGAGAAUUAUCUCUCUGUGACUACACCGCGGGGCCUUCAAGUCAAUUUUUCUCCAAAAGGUGGCUCAUCGAUCUUGAAAGACGUUGCGAUCGAUGGGCGACUGGUGUGCUCUGGAGCUACCGUGAUCGCAUCAAUCGAUGACAAGCCAUACACCACCCUCGUCAGAUCGGUCAAAGUUGAAAAUACAUCAUUCAGCAGAGCUCUAAUCAAAGUCUCCGGGGUUGUCUUGGACAAAAAUAAAGAUGGCCAACUUCCAUUCGAUGUGCGAUUCUAUAUCCACUCUAAUGCAUCAUCCGUCAAGAUAAUCCACUCUUUCAUCCAUGACCUAGACCCCGAUCAGCUGCUCACUUCUCUCGGGCUGCGCUUUUUUGUGCCAUUGAACGAUAGCGACCUUUACAAUCGUCACAUUCGUUACGGGGGCUCUGGCGGUGGCGUCUUGAAAGAAGAGGUCAAGGGCCUAUCUGGUCUACGACACGGACCUACGAUACAGAAUCGAGUGGAUCAGACAUCGGGUCACCAUGUUUCUCUAAACAAAACAGACUGGACCAGAACUGAACUGGCCAAGGGUCUUUCAUAUAUCCCUUCUUGGGAUUCGUAUUCACUCAGCCAACUUUCACCUGACGGUUUCAUCAUCAAGAAACGGACGAAUCCAGAAUGUUCUUGGGUCAAAGUUACUGCAGGUGGACGGUCUGACGGAACUACUUUUGUAGGAUCCACUGAGUAUGGAGGCCUCGCCAUUGGCAUGUCUGACUUUUGGGAACGCUAUCCAACCCAGCUGGACCUGGAUGACUUAACAUCCCAUCAAGCAUCUAUUACUGCUUGGCUAUACUCUCCUCUUGCAGAGCCGCUGGAAACGGCACCAUUCCAUGAUGGGCUUGGCCUAGACAGCUAUGACCAACAACUUGAAGCUCUCAAUGUGACUUACGAAGAUUUCGAACCUGGAUUUGCUACUGCGAACGGCAUUGCAAGGACUAGUCAAAUAAUUCUCAAGCCAUUCCGCGAUGUGCCUUCGAAUCCCUCUUUCAGUGCCUUCUCAUCCCUCGUGCGCAGUCCCCCUCGCCUGAUGGCUACUGCAACGCAUAUGUAUGAUGCCCAUGCUUUCCACGGGUGUUGGGCUCCCGAUUUCCGCAUAUCGGGAAUAGCGCCAGCCCCUAAAGAAAUCAAGAUUGAAGAAAACCUCAAUUUAUUAUUCAACUAUUAUCAUCAGCAAGUUGAGCAAAACCGAUGGUAUGGAUUUUGGGAUUACGGUGAUGUCCAGCAUACCUACGAUGCGUAUCGGCAUGCUUGGCGCUACGAUGUUGGAGGCUUUGCUUGGGACAACUCGGAGCUCUCCACCGAUUCAUGGCUUUGGCUGUACUUCCUACACACGGGAAGAGCUGAUGUUUUCAAAAUGGCGGAGGCUAUGACAAGACACACAGGGGAGGUUGAUGUCUACCACUCUGGAAAAUUCAAGGGGUUCGGAACGCGACACGGGGUACAGCACUUCAGCGACAGCUCUAAGCAACUGAGAAUAUCCAACGUACUAUAUCGUCGCAUAUAUUACUACCUCACAGGAGAUGAACGUACUGGCGAUCUGAUUUCGGAGCUCCAAGAGUGCCAAAAUACAUUGUUGGUGUUGGACUCUCAUCGCAAAGUUCAGAAACACGCUGGCAUUCCAGAUGGCUUUGCAAUGACAAAUAUUGGCCUAGAUUGCGGUCCCCUUCUUGCUACAUGGUUAACGGCAUGGGAGAGACGAGCAGAUGGAUGGUCUCAGUUUCGCGAACUUCUGUUUCGACUAUUGGAGGGAAUCUCCAGUCUCAAGCAUGGGAUUGGAAACAACUCGAUUUUGCUAAAUCCCUCAAAUGGAGAAGUACGCGAAUGUCCACCCCCAACGCCAGAAUACGCCAUAUCCCACCUAUCUAUGCUUUUUGGCUUUCCAGAGCAUAUUGUCGAGCAUAUAAUGGGGGGGCCUGAUGUUCAACGCAAAGAAUUCGGAUUUGAAUUCCCCGACCAUGCGACCUGGAGGCAAAGUCACUCCACCCUCACAGCGUUUGCAGCCGUGGAACAAAGCAGUGACUUUCUUGCAAAUGCGGCCUGGGAUCAAUUUUUUGAUUCAGAUGGAUACACAGAUCAUCUAGAUUGGACCAUUCUCAAAACUUCACCUCCUGAAUAUUUCAGUGAAGGCGAGGAGGCUCCUUGGGUCAGUACGAAUGAGACGGCUCGCUAUGGCGUCUCCGCUAUCUCCAACCUGGCGAAUAUUGGGCAAUAUUUGAAACAUAGGCAAAUUAUGAGAUAA